GUGUAGAGACGACGUGCGUAAGGAGGGAGCCUUUUCCUUUGUGACACUUCACACUGACAGAUCGACGGCACCGACGAUGAGAGUCCACUUGGCACGAUUCGUCUCCUGAUGAAAUAGGAACUGUAGCCAGGCAGAUGAGAGAUCGAGGCUUGCGACAGGUCUAGCUCCUCGCGCCAGUGAGAACAUCUGAUGGCCGUGCUUGUCCGCUUGAAUGCACCUGUGAAAUCAAGCUACGUGUCACCCGAGAUGCGGUGAACACUUGGCCAGGGCUAUGCAUAUUUAUUGCUGCUGGACGUGGUCGUGUGCACCACUGUCAGGAAGGAUGAAGGCCCUCAUCGUCUUCUCGCUGGUGUUGCUCGCGGCGGCUGCCUCUGUCAGGGCGGGUAAGCUGGCUGCCGGCAACGAGCCUGUUGGCCUCUACGAUGCCAACGACAAGAUGGAACUGCUCAGCAACCUGACGUUCCGUGCAGCCGUCUACGAGAAGCAGAAAAUUUGGCUUGUCGAGUUCUACAACAGUUGGUGCGGCUUCUGCCAGAGAUUCGCUCCCGUGUGGAAAGAAUUUGCUGCUGGCGUUCAUCCUUGGAACGAAAUCGUGACUAUUGGCGUGGUGGACUGCGCCAGCCCUGACAACAAUCCACUGUGCAGAGACCUGGAGGUUAUGAGCUACCCGACACUCAGGGUAUAUCCCCUGAUGAGUAAAGCAGGGGACUUGGGCCAGGAGUUGGUCGCUGAGAAAACGGUCAGCAGCAUCAAAAGUGCGCUGCUCGAUUUUAUUGAAAAGGAGCAGCUGGAAGGCAGAGGCAACCAAGAGUGGCCCACUCUUAUCCCUUACAGGAACAGCGAGAUAACAAACAUUUGGGCCAGAGUCCCUGACGCAGUUCAAAACAUGAUCCUGAUUUUCGAGGAGGCUGGCUCAACCAUGGGCCGGGAGGUGAUUCUGGACUUUGGCAAGGUGCGCAACAUCCGAGUCCGCAGGGUCACGACCAAUAACGAGGCCCUGGCCAAACUGCUAGAGGUGUCCAAUUACCCAAGCCUGGCUGUGCUGAAGCGGGACCUGUCUGUCGUGCACCUGAUUCCGGCGAGCAAGAGCAGGGAAGGUUACGCGGCCUCAGUGCAUGCCUUCCUGUCGCAGGAAGGCGUUAUCGAGGACGUGGCCGCCUUCAGGGACAUCCCGCGCGAGUCCAGGCCUGAGCAGGCGCAGAACCAGAUCGAGGGUGCCGUGCUCGAUCCGCCGGACGCCGUCUACAGGGCUGACCUUGAGAACACGCUCAGAUACAGCCUCAAGCACGAGGUUGCCAUGCACAAGGUCAUCGCUGGCGAGACCUUGGAGGCUCUGAAGAUGUACCUGCGCACCAUGGCCAGCUUCUUCCCCACUAAACCCCAAGGGACCAUGUUUUUGGAGAGAUUGAGAGACUGGGUCGAGGCGGCCGGCGAGUCCAUCAGGGGAGAGGACUUCCUGGUCCAGGUCAACACGCUUGAGCGCACUUUCAACUUUGUUAUUCCAGAAAACCAGGAGUGGAUCGGUUGCCGCGGCAGCAGCAGCAAAUACCGCGGCUACACUUGCGGCCUAUGGACGACUUUCCACGCGCUGACGGUGGGCGCAGCGACACAGACGAAACGGCGGGUGACGCCGGGCAGCGAGCUGGUGCUGCACUCGAUCCUGAUGUAUGUGCGCCACUUCUUCGGGUGCGCCGACUGUUCCAAGCACUUCCAGACGAUGGCGGCAGCGCGACAUUUAGAGGCGGUGCGCGGCCUCGAUGACGCUGUCCUCUGGCUGUGGGAGGCGCACAACGUGGUAAACAAGCGGCUCCAUGGCGACAAAACGGAGGACCCAGCGCAUCCCAAGAUGCAAUUCCCAAGUGCCGAGUCGUGCAGCGCCUGCUCAGCUGGCGACGGGCAGUGGGACCGGCCCCAGGUGCUCGCCUACUUGAAGGCCCGCUACGGCAAGACCGGCGUUUGCAACAACUUGCAACAAUGCAAGCCGGUUAACCUUGGUGGCAUCAGCCUAAGGCACGGGGACAAAUUGAUUUCUCCUGAAGUCGACAUGUCAAAAACGGAGGGUGCCGCUGACUUUAGCUACUUUGACAUUGGGCUGUGCGUGCUCCUUUACCUGGCGUCAGCUGUUGUGCUCGUACUCAGCUACUACAAGUUCAUCUACAGGCGGAGACACAGAACGAAGUUCAACAUAAACUGAGGCUGGUUUUCCUUUCUGGUGUGCGGUGAAAUUUCACUUUUAGCUGAUUUGUUGAUUUUAUUUAGGUGCUUCUGACCAAAAUAAGACACUACCACAUGUAGUACAUCACAUCA